UUACGAUGAACGGUACACAAACACCAACACAUUUCUUAAAACUAGCCCUAUCAACUUGUACUAAAAAAGGAAUAUCUAACCACCAAACCGGAGCAAAAUGGAAACUGUGGAAGCGACGAACCCUUCCGCGCUACCGCAGGACGACGCCGGCAACGAUGACGUUCCGCAGCUGAGCUCUCAUGCUCUCGAAGCUCUCAAGGAGUUCUUUGCUGAGCAGAACCGAGUAUCAGCAGAGGCUUCUUCAGUUGAGCAGCCGGAGCAGGAAGUGGCCUUGGUGACAGAGGAUUGGCGGCUCAGCCAGUUCUGGUACGACUCGGAAACCGCGGGGACAGUGGCAAAAGAAAUUCUCACGCUUUGCGAGACACUCGAUUCCCCAUCCGUUGCUUGCAUUUCGUGCCCAACGCUAUUCGCCUACCUUAAGAAAAGUGAUCCUAAUGUCCAAGCACAGCUCCUUGAGUAUGACCAAAGGUUCAGUUCAUACAGAUCUGAGUUCACAUUCUACGACUACAACACACCAGAAGAUCUCGCUUCCUCAUUGAAACAUUCAUAUUCAGUCAUUGUUGCUGACCCUCCAUACCUGAGUAAGGAGUGCUUGGAGAAAGUCAGCAAAACUAUAUCUUUUCUUUUGAGAUCAGGACCAUCAUAUGUACUUCUACUCACUGGUGAAGUGCAAAAGGACAGGGCUGCACAGCUAUUGAAUUUGCGUCCUUGCAGGUUUAGGCCUCAACACAGCAGCAAACUUGGCAAUGAGUUUAGGUUGUUCACCAACUAUGACCCAGGGGUGCGGCUUGGUGGCUGGGAAGAUGAAUGAAAAGCAUCAUUACCCUUGCCAUGGAGCUUUGAGGUCAAAUUAGACUGUAAAGUAAUUUUUUUUGGAGCUGCUGAUAUUUGUAGCAAUCUAUUAAUAUCAGCUUGCGUUUCUUGAUUAACUAGUGCUUGAAAAUUACAUGCAGAAGUAUUUUUAAUCCAUUUCAAGUUUACGUUUCAUGCACAGAGUCCACCAUACAAUGAUGAUAUGGAUAAAAAUCAUGUAAAGUGGAUUCUUCGCAGGAAUCCUGUUGCCACAUGAUUUUUUGGUCAGUUUCAUGCACAGAGUUGAAGUACCAAAAUGUAACACUACCAAGUACCUUUAUGCAUUUUACCCCAAGUCCCCAACUAUCACUAUAUGGUGCAAAACAUUGAAAAUAGAAGCGCAGAUCAUCA